AGUGACAUUUGAAAUUACAAGACCAGAAGACGAAUUUUGGCCGACUUUCGAAGACACAUAAAAACAGUACAUUUUCCAAUCGGCUGCAUAUGUUUCACUAAAUAUGGCCAUUCCUGCUGGGAAUAAUGUACACGACAUAUAUUAUGAUAAUUCUGAAUGGAAACCAAUAAGUUUAACUCUUGUGGAAUAUCCCAAAGAAGAUCUGUUUGGACAAAUUCUAGCAUGGCUAAGUUUAGCACCACUUGCAAUUGGAGCCGGUUUUGUAUCUUUAAUAUUGUUUAGAAGAGAUUUACAUACAAUAACGUUCUUUAUAGGGACAUUAUGCAAUGAGUUUUUAAACAUGACAUUAAAAAUGUGGAUACAACAACCUCGACCAGUUGUACGAAAAGGUUUCUAUUCUGAAUAUGGCAUGCCUUCCAGUCACGCACAAUUUAUGUGCUUCUUUUCUACUUAUGUAUUACUAUUUGUUUUAAUUAGGUUUCAUGUUAGCUCAAACUCUGCUCUAGAAAGAUGUUAUCGAGUAGCAAUAGUAGGUUUUUGUUGGCUUGUGACAUUUUUUGUUUGCAUAGGCAGAGUUUACUUAUUAUACCAUACAAUAUCCCAAGUCCUUUGGGGUGCUCUGGGAGGAAUUCUUUUUGGUUUAUAUUGGUUCAGCUUUACACAUAUUGUGUUGGGCCCACUGUUUCCUCACAUCGUGUCCUGGAAAAUCUCAGAGAUUCUUUUACUUCGUGAUACUACUCUGAUACCUAAUGUGUUAUGGUUUGAAUACACAGUUACAAGACAAGAGGCAAGAUCUCGAGCUAGGAAAUUAAAUGGAAAGAUUCGCUGACAAUGACCAAUACGGGACUGUUUCAUUUUAUAACAUUCC